AUGGCCCCCUCGCCCCCGUGCAGGUCGCUGAUGUCGCCGCGGUCCCCUCUGCUGCUGCUGCUGCUGUUCGGCUUGGCGCUGCUGGGCGUCCAGGCUCGCGCGGAGCCCACCGCCGCUGGGAGCGCCGUCCCCGCUCAGAGCCGCCCGUGCGUCGACUGCCACGCGUUUGAGUUCAUGCAGCGUGCCCUUCAGGACCUUCGGAAGACAGCCUACAGCCUGGACGCUCGGACGGAGACCCUCCUGCUGCAGGCGGAACGUCGGGCCUUGUGUGCCUGCUGGCCUACUGGCCGCUGA